UUCAGCUUCUACGGAGGCAACCAUGGAAGCAGUGCAGCUCCUCACACUUGGCCUGGCCAUUGUGCUGUUCCUCGCCGUGUUCCGGCGAAGCACUAGGCACGGUCGUGGUGCGGCGAAGCCCACAUUGAUCGAGAUCAGCGACUCUUCCGUCGCGCGCACCGCACUGAACGACCAUCCAGACGCCUUCUCCAACCGUCCCCUCACGUUGUUCCCGGUGGCCCUGGUCACCGGGCAACGUCGCCGCCGGAGCGACAGCGUCAGCUCGGCGCAGUACGGCCCACUCUGGCGCGCGCUCCGCUGCAACCUUACCUCCGAAGCUCUCCACCCCGCACGCUUCGACCAACUCGCCCCGCUGCAGCGGGAGUCCGUGGCGGCGCUCGUUGCAUCUCUGUCAGCGAGGGUCGCCGGCGACGGUGACGCCGUGGUCGUUCGGGACAGUGUGCACGCAGCCGUGUUCGGGCUGGUGGCUCGCCUGUGCUUCGGCGACCUCAUCGAGGACCCACGCCAGAUGCUUGCGAUGCGGCGCGUGAUGCAGGGGUUCGUGCGCGCCAUCGGGGAGGCCAAUGUCUUCGCGGGCUCAUGGCUGGCAAAGCUCGUGCACUGGAGGCGGUGGCGACGCUUCCUCGGCUACCGCGGCCAGCAGGCCGCCUUCUUCCUCCCUCUCGUUUCGGAAAGGGAGCGGCUCCGCCGUUAUGGGUGUUGCAACGACGGCGGCAUCAGACCGUACGUAGACACUCUCAUCGACCUCCGUGUCCCUGAUGAUGAUGACGAAGACGACGACGAUGUGGCAAGGAUGCACGUCGAUGCCCGGCGCGCGCUCUCGGACGACGAGAUGGUGAGCCUUUUGUCGGAGUUCCUCGGCGCCAGCACGGAGUCAACCGUGGCCUGCAUCGAGUGGACCCUCGCCCACCUCGUCACCCAGCCAGAGGUCCAGAAGAAGCUACGCCGCGAGAUCGCCGGAAAUGGCGGUGACGGCGCAGCAGUCUCGGAGGAACGCCUCCGCAGCUUGCCAUACCUACACGCCGUCGUGCUGGAGAGCCUCCGCCAGCACCCACCGGUGCCGUUCCUCAUGCGCGACGUCCACACGGACGAGGGCGUGGCGAUCGGUGCUACGACGGUGCCAGCGGGCGGCACGCGUGUGCAUUUCCUUAUACGGGACAUGGCAAGGGACGAGAAGGAUUGGAAGGACCCCGACACGUUCCGGCCGGAGCGUUUCCUCGCCGGCGGCGAGGCCGUGGGCGUUGGCGCGGUGCCCGGGCCCAAGGAGAUCCGGAUGAUGCCCUUCGGCGCGGGGCGGAGGCACUGCCCCGGUGCCGGGAUGGGCAUGAUGCACAUCAAGUGCUUCCUCGCGGCGCUGGUGCGCGAGUUCGAGUGGAUGCCGGCGGCGGACGGCGGCGAGGUUGACUUCACGGAGCUGGACGGGUUCUUCAAAGUGAUGAAGACGCCACUGAGGGCGCACGUCAAGCGAAGCACGAAGGCGUGAUGCACUUAAAGGUACAUACAGUACGCGCGUGUGUAUAUAUAUAUAACAAAUAAACGGGAGUUAUCUUGUAUGCAGUACAGUCCGGCCGCUGUUAUUCCCUGCUGUCUGCACUCAUGCUUGUCCAGAGACGAAGCCAUGGUGAGAAACAGCGUAUGUGUAUCGAUUUUUCAAUAUUUGUGAUCGCAGUAUGAUUCUGUUUUACACAGAAAAUGUCGAGAAUGAUGUUACUUCUUUACCUCGA